AUGCUUUUAAUAGAGGUAUUGAGAUCUAUCUCAUUGCUGCUUUACUUAGUGGUCCUACCAGGUAGAGCUCUUUGUAGCAAAGGGGAUUUUUGGAGAACCAAAGUAGAGCUUGAAGAGGCUGAAAGAGUUAACGAAGAAAACAAGUACCGCAUUUCGGCUUUUUGGUCUCUAGUAACGAAAAUGGAAGAUCGUUCUCUGAGUGGUUUAGACGGUCGGUACAUUAUUGUGGACGAUGAUAAACUUUACUUGGCACCUCUGUCAAAAGCGUCUGAAAAGAUGGUAUUCAGGUUCAAUUUGCACCAUCGAGGAUUCCUCGAACUCAAAAGUGGAAAUCGUGCCUAUGUCCCAGAAAAAUAUGGGCCUCUGAUUUAUCAUCCAGACCAUUGGACAAACGGUUUUUCCAUUGAUGUGCAAAAGGAAAAUCAAGUUUCUUCUUAUACUCCAUUUGUGCUCCAAUAUCUUAACUCUCCAUGGUUUUCAGCAUGUAAAGUAAAUCACGGAACAUGGCAGGUAUUCGUUGGGAAAAUGCAUGAAUGGAACGAUGGACUCUGCUACCCAAUGCAAUUGAUUAUGAAGCGAGAAGAUACGUGGUUACGCUUCAGUUUUAGUCACCGUAAGAAUCCUCUGGAUUGGACUCUCGUUCAGGAGUAUACAUAUUGGCCAGAUGGUUUGCCAGGGACAGGCUCUGAAUCUGCGAAAAGUGACAUCUUUGGGACCAAAUUAUAA